AUGUUCAUUGGGGAUGGAGCGAAACUUGUCCGUGAUGCUUUUCAACUUGCUAAAGAGAAAUCUCCUUGCAUCAUCUUUAUAGAUGAAAUCGAUGCUAUUGGCACGAAACAGUUUGAUAGUGAAGUUAGUGGGGAUAGGGAAGUUCAACGGACAAUGUUAGAGUUGCUCAAUCAGCUUGAUGGCUUUAGUAGCGAUGACCGGAUAAAGGUGAUAGCAGCAACCAAUAGAGCUGAUAUUUUAGAUCCUGCGCUCAUGCAUUCUGGUCGAUUGGAUCAUAAAAUUGAGUUUCCACAUUCCACUGAAGAAGCAAGAGCUAGAAUUUUUCAGAUCCACUCCCGAAAGAUGAAUGUUCACUCAGAUGUCAACUUUGAAGAGCUAGCUCCAUCUAUUGAUGAUUUCAAUGGAGCACAACUAAAAGCUGUUUGUGUGGAAGCAGGCAUGCUUGUCCUUCGACGUGAUGCCACCGAGGUGAUUUAUGCCACAGUUGAGUUCUAUUGGGCUCCAUUGCUAGUGCACUCUAACUCUGAUGAUCCAGUGAAGCAUCGAUUACCAGAUCGUAUCGUUCGAGCUCAAGCCAUUGAAAAACAUGCUAAGUAUUGGACUGAUGCAAACAUACUUGUCUUUAAUUCCUACCUUUGGUGGAGAAGACCCAAAAUGAAGGUCUUGUGGGGAUCAUUUGAGAGUCCAGAUUGUUAG